AUGCGCUCAUCCAUCCCCCAUACACUCUUACCACUCCUCCCCCUCGCCCUCGCAACAAACACCAUCACCCCCAUCAUCGUCCACACUUGGGGCGGUCCAGCAACAGUCGCCGCAGACGCCGCACACGAAGCCCUCCUCAACUCCCAAUCCGUCCUCAAUGCCGUCCAAAUCGGCGGCACAACCUGUGAAGACAAGCAAUGUCGCGGCACAGUAGGCUACGGUGGUUCACCCGCCGAAAACUGCGAAACCACCCUCGACGCCAUGAUCAUGGACGGUAAUACGUUCAACGUCGGCGCCGUAGCCUCUCUUCGUAGGAUCAAGGACGCAAUGGCUGUGGCCAGACAUGUUCUCGAGUAUACAGACCACAGCUUGCUUGCGGGUGAUCAAGCCACGCAGUUUGCCGUCGCGAAUGGCUUCAAGGAAGAAAGCCUGACGACCAAAAAGUCGAGACAGAAGUGUAUCGAAUGGAAACGCAAGAACUGCCAACCAAACUCAAGAGUCAAUGUGUUUCCUGAUCCAAAGCAGAAGUGCGGCCCGUAUAAGCCGUCGUCAAAGCAUGGCGGAUUCAAAACGAGAUCAGUGGACGUGGACGAUGCGGCAGAACAAGGCCACGAUACUAUUUCACUUAUUGCCCUCGAUAAACGCGGCAGCAUGGCCGCAGGAACCACUACCAAUGGCAAAUCGCACAAGAUUCCAGGGAGAGUUGGUGAUGGUCCUAUUACGGGAAGCGGCUCUUAUGCUGACAGUGAUGUUGGAGGAUGCGGCGCGACUGGUGACGGGGACAUCAUGAUGCGCUUUUUGCCGUGUUACCAGGCCGUGGAGAAUAUGCGACGCGGCAUGUCGCCUGCUGCUGCUGGUGAGGAUGCAGUGAAGCGGAUUGUGAAGAAGUUCCCUCGUACUCGAGUUGGCCUGGUUGUGAUGAAUAACAAGGGUGAGCAUGCAGGCGCCUCCAGUGGAUGGGAAUACGAAUAUUCAUAUCGAGGGGGCAAUAUGACAAAGACGGAGGUCAUCGUCGUCAAGCCGAUAGACGGAAACAACGGGAAAGUUUGA